AGUCACGUGGGUGUCAUGGCGGCCUCCGGCUCCUUAGCGCGGUGUGUGGUGUCUCCUGCAGGGAAGCACUCGGCUUCCGUCAUCUUCCUGCACGGAUCAGGUGACACAGGACCAGGAAUUAAAUCAUGGAUACGGGAAAUCUUGAAGAAGGAUUUCGCAUUUAGCCACGUAAAAGUCAUAUUCCCUACUGCUCCGGCCCGGCCCUACACACCUAUGAAGGGAGGCAUCUCCAAUGUUUGGUUCGAUAGGUAUAAGAUCUCCAUGGACAGCCCCGAACAUCUCGACUCCAUCAAUCCCAUGUGCCAAGUAUUAACCGAUCUCAUCAAAGAAGAAGUGGCAUCUGGGAUUGCCAAAAACAGAAUAUUGCUGGGAGGAUUUUCAAUGGGUGGCGCUAUGGCAAUGCAUUUGGCUUAUCGAUACCAUAGAGAUGUCGCGGGAGUGUUUGCUCUCUCAAGCUUUCUCAAUGAAAACUCAGUCGUGUUUAAGGAACUUGAAGCAUCUCAGCAGAGCCUACCAGAAUUAUUUCAGUGCCACGGACAGGCCGAUGAGUUAGUCUUUCACCAGUGGGGAGAGAAGACUUGCACACGGAUGAAAGGUCUUGGCGUGACUUCAUCUUUCCACAGUUUCCCGAAUCUUUUACAUGAACUCAGCCUACAAGAAUUAGAACAGUUACGGUCUUGGAUAUUAAAGAAAUUGCCCGAGGUCACAGCAAACGUGCUGUAAACCCGAAGAAGAAAUGUAAUAAAUGGUUGUGAGCAGAGAGAAAUUUGUAUUUUGGUCCAGAGUCUCGUUUUCACAUUCUGCGUCUCUUCAUUAUAAUUUUUUUUUAACCCUGUCUUGGUUUAGUUUGAACCUUUGCCAUGUUCCGGCUACAAGGUUGUUUGUGUUACUAUGUAGGCAGCAUGGUGGUUCAGCGGUUAGUAUUGUUGCCCUGCAUCACUGGGUUCUCCAGUUUGAAUCCAGCCGAGGACAAAAGGACAACAUCUGCAUGAAGUUUGUAUGUUCUCCUAGUAGGUUUCUUCUGGGUUCUCCACUUUCCUCCCAUACUACAAGACAUACUGAUGAAUAAAUGGCUUCCGUUGAAA